AUGCAAGUGAUGGACGAGAAUGAAGGCUCAAUUAUAAACAAGAAGGAUAUUUCUAAUUCGAUCGAAAAAGAAAGAUUAUCGUUGGAAGAAAGCAUUUCUGGCAUACAAUCUGAGGUAAAAGUGAAGGUUGAAGAAACUGAUAGAGAAGUGGGCAUUGGAAGAUAUCCAUCUGCAUCAAAUAGUUGCCAGGAUGACAUGCAAAUGAAUGAAAUGAUAAAAAAAGAUAUUGGUAAUGAUGAUGAUGAUAAGUCAAGGUUAUCAUUUAUCAUGAAAGAAAAACUUCAUGCUUUGACCGAUAAUAUGCGAUGUCGUAAUUCACAGAUUGUUGAUGAAAUGAUAAGAGAAUGUGAUGAUGAAGCGAAAUGCUUAGAAAAUGUUGAAAUGACUCGAAAAGAACAUCGUCCAAGUCUAAUGUCAUUGAUUGGACUUCAGCGAACAAUAUCACCUGCAAUUGAUGAUAAUACAAACAAAUCCAAAAAUUUUUUACGGCUAAUCUUUCUAUCAUCUAUCAAUCCAUUACAUCGAGAAUAUCUAAUUUGGUUAACGAUAGUGGUGAUAGCAUUUUUAUACAAUGCCUUUGGUAUUCCAUUACGCAUUUCCUAUCCUUAUCAAACAAAAUCUAAUCUAAUUUAUUGGCUUAUUGCUGAUUACUUCGCUGAUGCUAUAUAUUUAAUUGAUAUGUUAUUAAUUAAGCCAAGGCUACGUUUUAUGCGUGGCGGACUUCCUGUGAAAGACAUAAAAGAAACAGCAAAACAUUAUGUACAAAGUAAUGAUUUCAAACUUGAUUUAAUUUCACUAAUACCAUUCGAUAUAUUAUACAUCUGGACAGGACCAAUUGCUGCUUGGCGUGCUGUACGUAUGUGUAAGCUUAUAUCAUUUUGGCAACUGUUCGGUCUUUUGGAUAAUUCAGUUUUAAAUCCAUAUAUAAUUCGGAUAACAAAAACUCUUGCAUAUAUGAUUUAUUUAAUUCACUGUAAUAGCUGUGUGUAUUACAAGUUAAGUGCUUGGCAAGCAUUUGGACAAAUUGCUUAUAGAAUGAAUAAUAAAUGGUAUCUUAAUAAAUGGGUUUACAAUAAUCAAGGAAAUGCGUACAUUCGCUGUUUUUAUUUUACAACAACAGUAGCAACAUCAGCUGGUGGUAAUCCGGCACCAACAAAUGUUGUUGAAUAUAUUUACAUGACAUUUUCAUGGAUGAUGGGUAUCCGAGAUAUCGUUUCAAAUGCAAAUCGUAAUCGUGAGCAAUAUCGUAAAUCUGUGGAUCAAGUUUUAAGCGAAUGUAAACGACUUGGCCUAUCCAAAGAUACUAUUAAUCGUGUUCGUGAUUGGCUUAUAUAUACCUGGCAAAAACAGAAAACUUUAGAUGAGAAAAAAUUAAUCGAAAAAUUACCGCUGAAAUUACAAACUGAUUUAGCACUUGCAGUUCAUUAUAAUACACUCAGUAAGGUACAACUAUUCCAGGAUUGUGAUCGAGCUUUACUUCGCGAAUUAGUACUUAAACUUCGACCAGUAAUCUUUCGUCCUGGUGAUAUGAUUUGUAAGAAAGGAGAUGUUGGUAAGGAAAUGUAUAUUGUCAACGAUGGUAUUCUUCAAGUUGUUGAUUGUGAAGAAAGUACCAAAGUUUUUGCUGAACUUACUGAAGGAUCAGUUUUUGGUGAAAUUAGUUUAUUAGCAAUUGAUGGUAAUAAUCGUCGGACUGCAAAUAUUCGUUCCAAAGGCUAUUCAACGUUAUUUGUUCUUUCAAAAGAAGAUUUGAAUGAUGUGAUUAAAGAUUAUCCAGAUGCGCAAGAAUUGUUGAGAAAAAAAGCUAGAGAGAUGUUGAAAAAAGAUGAAAAAGUGAAAGAGAAGAAAAAUAUGGGAAAUUAUCAUCCAAUAUCAGUGAUGAAAGGAAUAUCAUCAGUCAAUUCAUCUG